AUCGCCGCGGUCCCUGAGCUCAGCUCGAGUCGCGGGGCGAGUGGAGGCAGCGUUGAGUCGGCCGCGUUCGCAGCCCGCGCCUCGACUCGUCUUCUUCCACGCACCGCGAACGUUCUGGACCCUCCGCUCGGCUCGCAAUAAGCUCCUCGCACUGCGAGGAUAAUUCCCCUUCCGAUGGACGCGAAGGAGGAGGAGCAAUCAGUUGGUGGCUCUGCGGAAAAUCCAUCACCAACCCACGGAUCGGAGCAACGGGUGGACGAAGAAGUGCCUCGAGAUCGGAAGUCAGAGCACCGAUCUGAUGAAGCGGCGUCUUCUGAUCAGAAGUCAGAGCACCGAUCUGAUGAAGCUGUCUCUCGAGAUCAGAAGUCAGACCACAGAUCUGAUGGAGCUGCGUCCCAAGAUCAGACGGCAGAACAACAGGGUGAUGAUGAAGCGGCGUCUUCAGAUCAGAAGCCAGAGCAGCGGGCUGAUGAAUCUGUGUCUCAAAGUCUGAAGUCCGUAGUGGAGCUCUCAGGGCAGAGUGAUAAACGUGAGUCAGAUCGGCGAGACCAUGAGGAUCAGGAUGAGGAGACCCACCGUCGACGAGGUGAGCAGUCCGCAUUCGAGGAGCAACCUUCCUCCUCGGAUAAACGGGAGCCUCGCUCCAAAGAGCAGAUUGCUGAGGAUGAAAGAUUAGAACGUGAGGUUCAGGAACUUUUAAACGAACUCAAACCAGGUGCGGGAGCAUUCAAAGAUGGCGACUUGAAUGGCGGGGACAUGCGUAAUGGAGAUAAAUAUUCCAAGGGAGACUACGGCGGUGAUGACCACAAGUCCAGAUCACAGGCGUCGAGGAUUCACGACGACGACGAUGACUUCCAGUCGGAGAGCCACCGCAACCGUGAGCGCUGGCUCUUCCGCUCACGCUCUCACUCGCGCUCCCGCUCUCGUUCCCGCUCUCGGGAGCGCGACGGAACUGCCGUCCACCGUCACCACGACAAUCGCGCGUGGGAGCGCGAGGAGCGGCUGCGCAAAGAAGCCGAGGACUUCUGGGAUAAGAGGCUUCGUCAGCGCAAGAGAAUUGCUGAGAGGGGGUGCGAUGAGCUCUGGGCCUUAUCUCCAAAGCACCCCGCUCCCGAUUCUGAUGAAAAUUCCCCUGUGGAAGUGGAACCAUUGAAAAGCAGCUCAGAAGAUGAGAAGAAGAAGAGGAAGAGGAAGCGCAAGAGGAAGAAGAAGAAGUCCAAGAAGAGCAAGAAGCACAGGAAGGAGGAGGCGGGCAGCGAGGAUGAGAGUGAGAGCGACGGAUCUGCACACGAAGAGACCGAAGAGAAAAAGAAAAAGAAAAGUCACAAGAAAAAGUCAAAGAAGAAGAGGUCAAAGGUUGUGUCUUCCAGUGACUCCUCGGAUGAGUCGGAGUCGGAAUCUGCCUCGGAGGAUGAGCACAAUGAAGUGUGGGUGGAGAAGCAGCGCUCUGAGAAUGCAGAAUUCUUCAUUGGACCACUGCCUCCUUUGUCUGCAAUGGAUGGAGGGGACAGACCCAUGAACUACGGCCACGCGCUGCUCCCAGGAGAAGGUGCGGCCAUGGCGGAGUUUGUGAAGGCCGGCAAGAGGAUUCCGCGCAGAGGAGAGAUCGGGCUGACGAGCGACGAGAUCGCCUCCUUCGAGUCGCAGGGAUACGUCAUGAGUGGCAGCAGGCAUCGCCGCAUGGAGGCCGUGCGUCUGCGUAAGGAGAACCAGAUCUACAGCGCGGACGAGAAACGAGCGCUCGCCUCCUUCAACAAGGAAGAACGCUCCAAGAGAGAGAACCGCAUUCUCGCCGGCUUCCGCGAGAUGAUUUACCGCAAGACCAACAAGGAUCACAAGUAGUGGGGUCCGUUGCUCCAAGUCUGUCGCAUUGUCAUCGGGGUUGUCAGUCGGUCCGGUGGUCACGAAAUCGAUAAU